CUAACUAACUGAAAGAGGGGUGGGGAAUUUUUUCUAUGGUUCAACACAACCAGAGCUUGCCUGUCUCUCUUGCUAAAAAGAGCCAAGAGCCAAGUAAAUAAUUUGCAGUGAACAAUCUCAUUUUGGACACACCUGUCUGCCAGUUGUAUAAGGAAGAUGAAGGGCUAUCCAGGCAGCAGAGUAGUUAGCUAAUACACAGUCAACUGCAACUCUUUGAACGGCCAGAUAGCUUUAAAAAAGAGAAAACAAAAAACCUCCAGAGCAAGUGCAUCAUUAGUUAGAACUAGGGACAGAGCAGUUGUAAACUGUCAGCCCCAAGGGGGACAAAACUUGACAGGCCUGAGGUACUGUUGAGCAAAAGGAAGUUACUUAAUGUUGUACAUCCACUAGCUACUUUUUCAAUCAACAGAAGGAUACUUCAGUCAGUGUUAAGCUUCAGCAAAGAAGUGCAUCACUAUUGUGAUGAGGCGUCCAGUGGGAACAGGGCUCCUCCAGUGUCUUUAAUAAUAAUAACCAGUUGGGACUGCAACACAAUGCUGCAGCAUGGAGUCCUCCUGUUCAGUGCUCCAACUAGAGAAGCCAGAUGGAGAAGAGGACACAGCUCCUGCACUUUUAAUAGUGGUACGGAAGAAGAACAGGUGCUGAAAGCUGCAGGACCCCUGUCCUCUUUUGCACCUGACCACCCUAGUUCCAGCUAUACCUUCUUCCAGGAUACUCCAUUCCAUAUCCCCCCAUCCUCUCCAAACAAACCCAAAGUGGGAUACAUGUUCCCAGGCCAUCACCCAUCCAGGUAGUGACCAGCCCCAGACCUGCUCAGUUUCAGCAAAGUGGAAGCAUCAUAUGCCUUCAAGGUUGCAGCUCCUACCUUCCAGAGGCAUCAUGCAAGCUUAAACUGAGGUCUCUCUGUAACAUCUUCUACAGAAACUUCCUACUUCUCCCAGCCUGUAGUGCAGUUAGGAGCCCAGAGAGGCAAACAAGCGAAAAUACUAAAAACUUCUCCCCCACCCCUAAACUGCAUAGCCUGGUUUUCAAAUCCCGUGGAAGAAGCUUUUACUGAAAGGGGCCUCUAGCUUAUCCUAGAACACGCUAACACAGAAUAAAGUUCGUGAGCUGUGGAAAACCGCUGGAUUCACCAAAACGGUGCCCCUCGAGGACCAAGUGCACCCAUAUCGCCCAGGGGACUUUGUCUGGGCAAAGAAAUUCAUGAGGGGCGACUCCCUGCAGCCGUGUUAUACAGGACCACACCAGGUUCUUCUAUCUACACAAGUGGCUGUUUUUCUGGAAGGACGUAAAUCGUGGAUACAUCAUUCCCACGUAAAGCCGGCGGUGGUUACAGCAACUCCACCUCCUUUGGUCCCCAAAUUGUGCCUACAGAAAAACGAGGAAACAGGACAGUGGCAAGCGGCUCAACUCCCUUUUCAACACGCAGACAUUGAGUAAAUAAUAGCGCUUUCACCAUGGCCCGGCGAGAUCAAAAGGUGUUUGACUAUAUGUGGGUUUGGGUCCUGCUGAUCCCUCAUGCCUUGCCUCUUUGCUGCCCUCCAGGCGUUAAGAUAUGCACGGACGCUGAUUAUUAUCAUUUGAAAGACUUUGGUCGGACAAUACCAAAAACCCAAGACUGCCCAGACCCAUUCUUGUACGAUGUGGACCAAAUAAAAGAAGGGACACUGAAGGCAGAUAUAGCAGGGCGGUUAUGUUAUAAAGCAUCUGUAAUUUUGCAACAUAAUUACACAGGUAAAUGGGCAGUUCAUUGUACACGGGUAGAGAUGGAAUGGCCCAUCAGACUUGCACUGCGAUGCCGGCGAUAUCACCCCAUGCCUAAUUAUGGAUGUCCCUCGAAUUUGGAUGUAAACACUAUAAGGCAGGAGUAUAACAUGCUUACUUUUCAGAUUCAGACAAAGAAAAAAGAGAAAUUUUGUGUGGGUAUUGGUACGCCGUCUUGUUAUGAAUGGAUAAACAACAAGCUAAGGGUCUGGAAAGACCCAAAACCUCCGGUAACACACGCCAAGCAUGACAUAAGGGUAACAGGUAGACCAAAACACAAAAACAUGAACACAGGCGACGGGUGGGAUGGAAACACUUUUGUUGCCUUAAUGGAAGAGACGGCCCCCAAGAAGGGUACGUGUUACGUUUGUGCACACACACCACCACAUGGCCAGGCUGGAGUCCCCCUGACAGGGGCCCCAUUGCCACUGAGGGAAUAUCUUUCCUUUGCCUCGCAUUCCAGCUCACAGGAACUGGAAGGGGGGCUGGUCUUAAGCGGGCCCAUCGCCAGCUCAGUUUGUGUGAGCAGUGGAAGUCAACCGAUAGCAGGAAUGGUAUGUGAGGGCUUAAUCUUUUCAACAAGCCCGGGAAAUUGGACAUUCUCAAACGGGACACGCAUAGAAACCGGUUUAACUUGGCUAUCCAUUUGGCAACAUCUAUUGCGGUUGACUUUUGCCGAACACCACUUAGUGCCUUUUCUAACCGACUUAGUGGAUCACCUAACACCGUCCGGACUCUGGUGGCUCUGUGGACACUCUGCGGUAAGAAAAUUGCCAAUUAUGGGCUCUUGGACUUGUACAUUAGGGAGAGUAGUACCAGGACUUCGGGUUUCUCCUACCCUCCCUACCCUGCGCCGCCGUAACAAAAGAGGCACAGGGGAAGCUGUAUUAAGGGGAUUUUUUCCGAUGUAUGGGGCAGCCAAAACUUAUCAAGAACUUGUAGAAUUGUCUUUAGCCUUCGAGCGCUUUAUGAAUGAUUUGGCCAUUUCCUUUUCAGAUCUCACUAAUGAGCAAGGACAAAUUAGAACUGUAGUUCUCCAGAACCGGUUAGCCUUGGACUUUUUAUUAAGCUCCCACGGGGGUGUCUGCUCGUUAAUAGGGAGCGAAUGUUGUACACACAUUACAGACAGUAAGGCAGAUGUCAUUAAACACAUUAAUGACAUUGGGAAAAUCUACCAUGAAGUAGAGCGCAUUGGUAACUUUUCCCUCAUUUCUAGUUUUUCAGAUUGGUUUUCAGCGUGGCCAGACUGGCAUAAAAUACUGUUUUAUGUGGUUCUAGUAGUUGUGAUAUUGAUUUCUGCCUGUUGUUGUUUACAAUGCAUUCCGAAUUUGAUGCAACUUGCAUCAGCAUGUCUAAGUAGAUUAAUGGUGUCAUUCUCCCGGAAACCACAACCAACUUUCAUGGAAAUGGCUUUGAGACCGCUUUGGCAACCUAAGCAAGAUAAUGCAGCUACCUGAGAGAAUAGAUAUUCUCUCAGGGCUGAAAGGGGGGACUGUUGGGUCAGAAUUUGCGAUCCAGUUCCCUGCAGAACUAUAAAACAUGUCCCUUGUAAUGAAACAGCUUAAGCAUCAUGGGAAACUGAACCAAAGUGGCCUUUGAAUGACUUUUGAUAUAAACUAUCGGUUUAUUUCCUGGUGACCUGACCCUUACCUACAUUCCAGUGGCUCGAAUAAUAAAAGCCGGUUUAAGCUGGAAACAUUACCAUUAUACAUUCCUAUAUCACAAUUAUGCCUAUAACCUUGCUUUUGUUACAAAUGUGCCUCACAUAGAAAUGUUAAAAGUUAUCCCGAUGUCCCACAAACCUUGACUUGUAAAACCUUUGAUAUGCAAGCGUAGUAAUUUCAUGUCUGUCUCCAUUUCGGGGUGCCCGGUUGCAGCUGGGCCUCCCCUUCUGAUAUUUCCCUUUGUCUAUGGAUGUAGAAUGCUUAUCUCAAGGACAUGCGAAAUAUGCAGACAUAGAGUCUGAAAGGCAAUCUCAAUGUUUCCACUUGUGUCCUUCCCCUACACCCCUUUUACCUCCUUCUACAUAUCUUAAGGUUGAAACAACUGCAAUUGCUUCUUUUGUUAUUAUGACGUUACCCCAAUAUUGUAAACUUUGGGGAGAGGCUAUAUAUACCCUAAGCUAUCAAUAAACGAGGUUCCCAUGC